AUGUAUAAUGGCAUUGGAUUAAAAACACCAAGAGGUUCUGGUACAAAUGGUUAUAUUCAAAUGAACAUGGCUCAUAUUCGCCAUGCUAGGAAUAAUUUAAGAGAAUAUGAGAAAUUUCGCAAUGAAGUAAAGAUGAAUAAUCUAGUAGACAAAAAAUAUACGUGUGAUUUUUCUAUUAUUGAACAUUCUGAAAAAAGAAAAAUUGAAUUAGAUGUUCUUUUAUAUGAAGAAAAAAUGAAAAAAGAAGGCAAAGAAAAUAUUGAAGAGUUAACUAAUAAUUAUAGAAAUAAAUUAUAUGAUGAAUAUUAUAAAAAUAAAAAGAAUGAAGAAAAAUAUAAUGCUGAUUCAAAUCGUAAUAUUGAUGCAAAUGAAAAUACUCAUAUUCUUAAUGAUAAGAAAAGAAGACAAUUAGAAAAUUUUGAAAAAAUUUUAAAGAUUAAAAAAGACAAGAAGGAUAAUAAAAUUGAAGACUCAAAUUAUAAUGAGAAAAAAUUUAACUUGAAAAAAGUAGAACGUAAUAUGAAAAAAAAAGAUGGAAAUAAAGAUAUUUCCUCCUAUACAAGCUAUUCAAAUGAUUCAAGUGAUGAAAGUUAUUCAAGUGAUUCAAAUAAUUCAAAUACUUCAAGUGAUUCAAAUAAUUCAAAUACUUCAAGUGAUUCAAAUAAUUCAAAUGCUUCAAGUGAUUCAAAUCGUUCAAAUUCUUCAAGUGAUUCAAGUCGUUCAAAAGAUUCAAGUAAUUCAAAUCGUUCAAAAGAUUCAAGUAAUUCAAAUAGUUCAAAUUCUUCAAGUGAUUCAAAAUAUUCUAAUUAUUCAAGUAAUACAAAUAGUCCAAAAGAUUCAACUGAUUCAAAAUGUUCAGAAGAUUCAAGUAACACAAAUUAUUCAAAAGAUUCAAAUAAUUCAAGAUUAAAAAAUUCUCGUAAAUCAAGCAAUUCAAGAUAUUCAGUAACUUCAAGAGAUUCAAAUUAUUCAAGAAAUUCAUAUAAUAAACGUAAGUCAAUAAAUAAAACAUAUUUGAAAGAUUCAGAAUAUUUAUCUUACUCAAGUAAUUCAUCUGUUAAAUUAAAAUUAAGGAAAAAUGAAAGGAGACAUAUUUUAAAUAAGAAAAAAAAUAGAAGAAACCGUUCAAGUAGCAAAAAUUCAAACACAAAUUCAACUAUUAGUAGUAAUAUAAGUAAAUUAAAUAAAGAAAAGAGAAGGAACAAUAAAAAAUCUUUACAUACAUAUGAUAGUGAUAACGAUUCUUAUUUUAUUCACAAAAGGAAUAAUAAAAAAAAAAGAAACGAUAGAGAAAAUAGUAUUCAGUCAUAUAAUAAGAAAAAAAAAGAUAAAAGUUCUGUGAGCCAUGAAAAAAUAAAAGAUAAUUUGAAAAAUUCAAAAAAAAAGAAUUUAUUAAGUAAUGAAGAAACUUUAAAAAUAAUCAAAAAUAUUAAAAAAUAUUACAGAAAAAAAAAGAGUAAUUCUGUAAAUAAUGAAUCUGAAAAUCUUGAAUCUGACUUAUCUGCUAGUAGAAGCUCAUCUGUUGAUAAAAAUAAAAAAAAGGAAAUAAUGAAUUCCAUGAAUAGUGUUGAUAAUUCACAUUUAUCUUUUAAAAAUAGAAAUAUCUUAAAGAAAAAAAUGGUUAAUUAUGAUGAUAUUUCUUAUAGAUCAAGUUAUGAUUCUACCAGUAGUAUGAAUAAUGAAAAGCAAGAAACAAAUAUGUGUCUGAAAAUGAAAAAAGAAAAAAAAGAGGAAACUAAAAAAGAAUGCAAUGAAAAAAAAGAAGAAAUAAAAACAGAAGGAAAAAAAAAAGAAAGAAAGGAGAGAGAAAAGGAAGAAGAGGAAAGAGAAAAAGAAAGAGAAGAGGUAAGAGAAAUAGAAAAAGAAAAAAAAAGAGAAAGAGAAAAGGAAAGAGAAGAGGAAAGAGAAAGAGAAAAAGAAAAAGAAAGAGAAAGAGAAAAGGAAAGAGAAGAGGAAAGAGAAAGAGAAAGAGAAAAAGAAAAAGAAAAAAAAAGAGAAAAGAAAAGGAAAGAGAAGAGGAAAGAGAAAGAGAAAGAGAAAAAGAAAAAGAAAAAAAAAGAGAAAGAGAAAAGGAAAGAGAAGAGGAAAGAGAAAGAGAAAGAGAAAGAGAAAAAGAAAAAAAAAGAGAAAAAAGAAAAAGAAAAAAAAAGAGAAAAGGAAAGAGAAGAGGAAAGAGAAAGAGAAAAAGAAAAAAAAAGAGAAAAGGAAAGAGAAGAGGAAAGAGAAAGAGAAAAAGAAAAAAAAAGAGAAAGAGAAAAGGAAAGAGAAGAGGAAAGAGAAGAGGAAAGAGAAAGAGAAAAAGAAAAAAAAAGAGAAAGAGAAAGAGAAAAAGAAAGAAAAAGAGAAAGAGAAAGAGAAAGAGAAAGAGAAAGAGAAAAGGAAAGAGAAGAGGAAAGAGAAAGAGAAAAAGAAAAAAAAAGAGAAAGAGAAAGAGAAAAAGAAAAAGAAAGAGAAAGAGAAGAAAAAAGAGAAAAAGAAAAAGAAAAAGAAAAAAAAAGAGAAAGAGAAAAAGAAAUAGAAAAGGAAAGAGUAAAAGAAGAAAAAAGAGAAAAAGAAAGAGAAGAGGAAAGAGAAAAAGAAAGAGAAAAAAAAAGAGAAAGAAAAAGAAAAAUAAAUAGUGAAGAAAUUGAAAUUGAAGGUGAAGCUAGAAGGAAAAAAGAGAAAGUAACAAAAAGAGAAGAAAUAAAUAAAAGAGAGAGUGAAUAUAAAAUUGAAAGUGAAGAAGAAAGUAAAAUUGAAAAAAAAUUGAGAGAAAAAGGGAAAAAGAGAAAAGAAAAAGACUAA